CGUCAAUUCCAAGAGCAAGGGUGUGGGUAUGGACAGCUACCUGGUACCCCUUCAAACCAUUUUGCAAGGCCUUAUUCCGGUUGACUCAGGCGGACGGAUUCAAGCUGACAUUUGCACGGUUGGUUGGUCCGGAUAACCUAAAUAUAGAAGACCCCCUCAAGAUCAUGCCAUACGAGUUUCCGGGUGUACUGGUCACAAACAGAGCCAGACAUGUCGCUACCCACUUUCUUCCGGAUGGCAAGCCAGUAGUGUGGAAUGGAUUCGGGCUGUGGUCCCGUAGCACGCAUGGUUGUGGCAAAGGUGAAGGAGAGGUUAUUCAAGCCGAUAUUGUGCUAUGGUCAUGCACAGGUGUAUGUGACAGUGAGUCUUUAAAGAGGGGCUGUGGAGACGAUGAAGGGAAUGCCGUCCAAGCUGAGGUUGUGCUAGACAUAUGUACAGGUGCAUGUGGCACUAGCCCUCUAAAGAGGGGGUAUUAUCUUCAAUAUGCGAAAAUUGCUUCCGCUGAAAUCAGCUCGACAAACUUGCGACAGGUUUUGGUACAAAACCAUCUUCUUGAUGAAGCAAGCCUUAACCAGCUAAGUACGGAAGCUCUUCUAGAGCUCUUGGGACCGAUCUUGCUGGAAAAUUAACAAUUACAUACGUAUUGUUCUCGAAAGGAGCUUUUUUUUAGUCAUCUUGAUAUAUUAUUAUCGCGUAAAUGCACUGUGGAUACAAAAGCGAAUGGAUACCCCUGAGGUAGCAUAGGGUGUCAUGAGAAGUAUCAGCGGUUCCAGACAGGAGCUCAUGUAUUCAGAUCCGCUGGUGUACCCAAUGCAACUAAUUGACUGGUCGACAUAUGUUAUUUCUCAUGUGUAGAGUUAGCC